AUGGAUUACGAUGUGGCCGUCGUCACGAUUGAAGCCACGUUCGAUGGACACGAGAACGUUGGCGCUAUAAAGCUGCAAACCAUGGAGCUGACCUAUUCACCGGCGCGCCCUACCUGGUGCUACGUAGCCGGUUGGGGAUCGACAAAUGGUCAAUCGAAAACCAGCUCGGAAACUCUGCAGCUAGUUUGGAUGCAGGUUGUUUCGCAAUACAGCUGCGCAAGUGAAUGGGCCCCAUUCGAAAUAACUUCCCGGAUGGUUUGUGCUCAGCUUCCAAACGCAGAUGCCUGUUACGGUGACAGUGGUGGGCCACUGGUCACCCUACAUGGAGGGAGUUCCACUCAGACUGGGAUGAAUGUGACGUUCUACGCAGCAUCGAUAAAGAUUCACCCUAACUACGAUGACGCUUCCACGCACAACGAUGUUGCCAUCAUUGAUAUCACAGGGACGUUUGGCGAUCAACCAAACAUAGCCGCUAUAGCCCUGCAGAACACCGACCCCAUCAUCACGGCUGCUAAACCUACCAUGUGUCACGCGACCGGAUGGGGUCUAACCAACCGUAAAAACCGGAAGAUACCACUAACGCUGCAAAUCGGAUACUUGCAGCUGAUAACACCGGCAGCCUGUCGAGCAAAAUGGUAUUUAAGUACGAUAACAACGAGCAUGAUCUGUGCCAAAGGGGAUGCCACCGAUACUUGUUCCGGCGAUAGUGGCGGUCCGUUGGUGUGCGAAGGUCGCCUCUAUGGGAUCGUAUCCUGGGGUACGGGCAAUUGCAACGCUUCUAAGCCGGCGGUCUUCGCCAAAAUUCCUGCCGACAUUAUACGUUCGUUCAUAUUUUCUAACACAGGUGUUUAA